UCAGGACAUCUUGAGUCUUUAACCGUCUGUCAUUAUUCGGUCAGUAUGGAGCUCAGUCUUCUUCCUCUUGUGCUCUUGCUGAUUUCAAGCAUCCACUCUGCACACACUGAAGAAAGACCAAAACCCAAAGUGUCCAUUAAACCUGCUCAACAUGUGUUCAGAGGAGAAACAGUCACUCUCAGAUGUGACAUAUAUAAUGAAGGAGUCACUAGCUGGAUCUACCGCUGGUUUAAAGAAAGUUCAGUCAGUGUUUUCAGUUAUCGACAGGAACACACACUCUGGUCUGUUACUGAGUCUGACGCAGGUAAAUACUCCUGUUAUGGAUCAGAGACAGCAGGAUCACGCUGGUCACAAAUGAGUGAUAAAGUUACUCUGACAGUCUCAGAUCCCAGAGCAGUUUUAAGUGUUUCUCCACAGAACUGGUUGACUGAAGGAGAUCCAGUGACUCUGAUCUGUGAGGUUCACAGCUUCUCUACAGGCUGGACGUUCAGCUGGUUCACUUUAACUGUCUCACCAGAUCAGUAUGAUCAGCUGUCAGACAGCAGCAGAGGAGCAGGAGGAAACUACACGGUCAGUUCUGUUGCUCUAAAUCACACAGGAGUUUAUGUGUGCAGAGCAGAGAGAGAGAAAUCAGUCUAUAAAACACUGUUCAGCAACACACAGCUGCUGUGGGUCACUGGUGUUUCUCCUCCAGUCUCUCUGAUCGUCAGUCCCAGCAGAACUCAACACUUCACAUCUGUCUCUCUCUCUCUGAGCUGUGAGGACCAGAGUAACUCUACUGGAUGGAGAGUGAGAAGAUACACAGACGGUGGACGGCUAGAAGAUUGUUCAUUACGUGGAGGAUCUACAUGUACAUUCAGCUCCACGGUCCCAUCACACACUGGAGUGUACUGGUGUGAGUCUGAAUCUGGAGAGAAACAUCAUCCUGUUAAUAUCACUGUACACUCUGGUGUGAUUCUGGAGAGUCCUGUUCAUCCUGUGACUGAAGGAAAUCAUCUGAUUCUGCGCUGUUUAUAUCAACAUACAACCCCAGCAAACCUCAGAGCUGAUUUCUAUAAAGAUGGAUCACUCAUCCAGAAUCAAACUACAGAGAUGAACAUCACCGCUGUCUCAAAGUCACAUGAGGGUUUCUACUACUGCAAACACCCGACGAGAGGAGAGUCACCCAAGAGCUGGAUCUCAGUCAGGGAUAAGACUUCCGCAGACUCAAGGUCUUAUAAACCCAUGAUAAUUGGAGUGACUGCAGGACUGACUGUCACUUUUUUCAUCAUUGUCUUCUUGGUCCUGAUGUGGCGCUACAGAAACAAAAAAGGUUAG